CGAAGAUUAUAGGAAAAAUUCGUGUCAAAACUCUGCUUCCCCCUCGACUCUAAUCUGGAUCUAAGCAUUCGAAGUGCCAUUAACAGGACUCCAAUUCAUUUCACAGAAACAUCGGCACAGGAGCCAGAGCCUCUCAUCCUGCAAAUUGUCACACUAUUCCCAAGCCCCCAACGCCAACCAAAGGGAGAUCGAAUUUUUGAACGGUGGUACUCAUCACUUUUGGUUCUUGUUGACACAUACCAGUUAAUGCGAACAUUUUCUAUGGUCCAAUCUCUCUCGCUGUACAUUCUAUCCCUGCAAGAUGUCCGCAUCCCUGGCCUUGGGGGGUCCUUCACGCUGCGGCCGGGUUCUGGGUCCAUCACUGGACAAGAUAAUAAAGAAUGCGGCCUGGCGUAAGCACUCCCACCUCGUCUCCGCCUGCAAAUCAUCCCUAGACAAGCUCGAAACCCUAUCUGAUUCUGACUUUGCCCCAUCCGAUGCCCAAUCUCCUCUUUCGGGUCUCUCCUACUCGGACGCAGAAUAUGUGCUUCAACCUCUCUUUCUUGCGCUGGACUCCGCUUACUCGAAGGUUGUUGAACCUGCUCUUGAAUGUACCUUUAAAUUGAUCUCUCUCGGCCUUGUCCAUGGCGAGAUUGAUCGCGCUGAUAGCGGUACUACUGCGACUGAUUCACAGUCCAAAAUUGUCUUCAGGCUUAUUGAUGCCGUUUGUAAGUCUGGCGGCCUUGGGGAGGAGGCGAUUGAAUUGGGCGUGCUCAGAGUUUUGCUUUCAGCUGUACGAUCCCCCUGCAUUUUGAUCCGGGCGGACUGUCUCAUUCAUAUUGUGAGAACUUGUUAUAAUGUUUACCUUGGUGGGUUAAACGGUACCAAUCAGAUCUGUGCAAAAUCGGUUCUUGCCCAGAUUAUGAUCAUUGUCUUCACAAGGGUCGAGGAAGACUCUAUGGAUGUCCACGUCAAAAGAGCUUCUGUCAGUCAACUUUUGGAAUUCACGGACAAGAAUUUGAACGAGGGGAAUUCCAUACUUUUUUGCCAAAACUUCAUUAACGAGGUAAUGGAGGCAAGUGAGGGUGUUCCUUUUCCUAAUAGUAAGGCAAUGUCCCUUUCAUCGCCACUGGAAUUGCAAAAUAGCUCUGGAUCAGUGUUGCAAGCAGCAGAUGAAUCAGGUUUUUCGAGUAAUGGGGAGUUUGAUAAUGAAGCUGGAGUAAGUGUCAGUAAGAUUAGGGAGGACGGUAUUCUUCUUUUCAAAAAUCUGUGCAAAUUGACAAUGAAAUUUUCAUCUCAACGACACUCUGACGAUCGCAUCCUCUUGAGAGGUAAAAUUUUGUCAUUGGAGCUCCUUAAGGUUGUGAUGGAUAGUACCGGCUCAAUUUGGCGCGUUAAUGAGAGGUUCCUUGAUGCCAUCAAACAAUAUCUUUGCUUGUCAUUGUUAAAGAACAGUGCCCUGUCAGUCAUGGCCAUCUUUCAGCUUCAAUGUUCUAUUUUCAUGAACUUGUUAUCAAAGUUCAGGUCAGGGUUGAAAAAAGAAAUUGGCAUGUUUUUUCCCAUGCUUAUCCUCCAGGUUCUUGAGAAUGUUCUGCAGCCAAGUUUUCUACAGAAAAUGACUGUCCUCAACUUAUUGGACAAAUUAGCUCAAGAUCCUCAAAUUAUCAUUGACAUUUUUGUCAACUAUGACUGUGAUGUGGACGCUUCGAAUAUAUUUGAAAGGAUUGUCAAUGGCCUUCUUAAAACUGCAUUAGGGCCACCUGCCGGCUCAACUACAGCUUUGUCUCCAGCACAAGAUAUUACUUUCCGACAUGAGUCUGUGAAGUGUUUGGCCAGCAUCAUCAAGUCAAUGGGAGCAUGGAUGGACCAGCAAAUAAGGAUUGGUGAUUCAUAUUUGCCUAAAAGCUCUGAAAGCAGUAGCAUGAUAGAGAAUCAUCUAAGUUCAAACGGAGAAGAAGGAAAUGCUUCUGACCAUGAGUUUCAUCCUGAUGUAAAUCCUGAAUUUUCAGAUGCUGCUACUCUAGAGCAGCGUCGGGCAUAUAAAAUUGAACUUCAGAAAGGUAUAUCACUUUUUAAUCGAAAACCUUCCAAGGGUAUUGAUUUUUUGACAAGCAACAAAAUUGGAAUUUCUCCAGAAGAAGUGGCUCUUUUCCUUAAGAACACUACUUCCCUUGAUCAAACCAAGAUUGGUGACUAUUUGGGGGAAAGAGAUGAAUUUUCUCUCAAAGUUAUGCAUGCUUACGUUGACUCCUUUAAUUUCAAAGGGAUGGAUUUUGGUGAAGCCGUAAGGUUUUUUCUUCAGGGCUUUAGGCUGCCUGGUGAGGCACAGAAGAUUGAUCGCAUCAUGGAAAAGUUUGCUGAACGUUAUUGUAAAUGCAAUCCAAGUUCUUUUAGUAGUGCAGAUACUGCCUAUGUUUUGGCUUACUCUGUGAUAAUGCUCAAUACAGAUGCUCAUAAUAGCAUGGUGAAAGAUAAGAUGACAAAGGCUGAUUUUAUUCGAAACAACCGUGGAAUAGAUGAUGGCAAGGAUCUGCCAGAAGAAUAUCUCGGUGCCCUGUAUGAUCAAAUUGUUAAAAGUGAAAUCAAGAUGAAUGCUGAUUCUUCUGCACCUCAGAGCAAACAGGCAAAUAGCUUUAAUAGAUUGCUGGGUUUGGAUGGUUUACUCAACCUUAUGAACUGGCAGCAGAAUGAGGAUAAAGUGGUGGGUGCAAAUGGCCUUCUCAUCCGUCACAUUCAGGAGCAGUUUAAGUCGAAGUCUGGAAAAUCAGAAUCUGUCUAUCAUGCUGUCACAGAUGUGGCAAUAUUGAGGUUUAUGGUGGAAGUCUGCUGGGGUCCUAUGCUGGCUGCUUUCAGUGUAACUCUUGACCAGAGUGAUGACCGGAUGGCCACUUCUGAAUGCUUGCAGGGAUUUCGACAUGCUGUACAUGUUACAUCCGUGAUGGGUAUGCAGACUCAGAGGGAUGCUUUUGUUACAUCUGUUGCAAAAUUUACGUAUCUGCACUGUGCUGCAGAUAUGAAGCAGAAAAAUGUUGAUGCAGUCAAGGCUAUAAUUUCAAUUGCCAUUGAAGAUGGGGAUUACCUUCAUGAAGCAUGGGAACACAUAUUAACAUGCCUCUCCCGUAUCGAGCAUUUGCAACUCUUGGGUGAGGGUGUGCCGCCUGAUGCAUCCUUCUUUGCUUCAUCUAGUGUUGAAUCAGAGGAGAAAGUGUCAAAGACUUCAGGUUUUUCUUCUUUGAAGAAGAAAGGAACCCUUCAGAAUCCAGCUGUGGCAGCUGUUGUUCGUGGUGGUUCAUAUGACAGCACAAGUGCUGGGAUCAACGCUUCUGGACUUGUAACACCAGAACAGAUUAAUAACUUCAUUUCAAACUUAAAUCUGCUGGAUCAGAUUGGGAACCUUGAAUUAAAUCAUGUGUUUGCUCAUAGUCAAAGGUUGAACAGUGAGGCAAUAGUAGCUUUUGUGAAGGCACUUUGUAAAGUUUCCAUUUUGGAGUUGCAGUCUCCCACAGACCCCCGUGUAUUCAGCCUCACUAAAAUAGUAGAAAUUGCGCAUUAUAAUAUGAACCGCAUCAGAUUAGUGUGGUCUCGCAUAUGGAGUGUUCUAUCAGAUUUCUUUGUAUCUGUUGGAUUAUCUGAAAACCUAUCAGUUGCAAUCUUUGUGAUGGACUCCUUGCGGCAACUUGCAAUGAAGUUUUUGGAACGUGAAGAGCUAGCUAAUUACAAUUUCCAGAAUGAAUUUUUGAGACCAUUCGUGAUUGUUAUGAGGAAAAGCAGUUCUGCAGAAAUCAGAGAAUUGAUAGUUCGCUGCAUUUCACAAAUGGUCCUUAGCAGGGUCAGUAAUGUGAAAUCUGGCUGGAAAAGUGUUUUUAUGGUUUUCACUGUCGCUGCUGAAGAUGAGAGGAAGAAUAUUGUCUUGUUAGCAUUUGAGACCAUGGAAAAAAUUGUUCGUGAAUUUUUCCCAUAUAUUACAGAGACAGAAACAACUACAUUCACUGAUUGUGUUAGAUGCCUUCUAACAUUUACAAAUAGCCGAUUUAACAGUGACGUUAGCCUCAAUGCAAUUGCUUUUCUUCGCUUCUGUGCGGUCAAACUUGCUGAUGGAGGACUUGUUUGCAAUAAGAAUAGCAGUGUGGAUGGCUCAUCAAUUGCUGUAUCUAAUGGUGUUCCAGUUGUGGAAUCUUCUAUUGAUAAAGAUGAUCAUGUAUCUUAUUGGAAUCCAUUGCUAUCAGGGUUGUCAAAAUUAACAUGUGAUCCCAGAUCAGCUAUCAGAAAGAGUUCUUUGGAGGUGCUUUUUAACAUACUAAAGGAUCAUGGUCAUCUAUUCUCAUGCUCAUUUUGGGACAGUCUUUUUUGUUCUGUUAUUUUCCCGUUGUAUAACUCUGUAUCUGGAAACAGAGAAACGAGUGACCAGUAUUCAGCUUCUGUAUCUGGGAAUCCUGAAGGAAGCUUGUGGGAUUCUGAGACUUCUGCAGUGGCAGCCGAGUGUUUAAUAGAUUUAUUUGUCUCCUUUUUUGACAUGGUGAGGUCUCAACUGCCAGGCGUGGUGUCAGUAUUGAUGGAAUUUUUAAGAAGUCCCGUUCAAGGUCCAGCUAGUACAGGAGUUGCAGGAUUAGUGCGUCUUACUGGUGUCCUGGGUAGCAGGUUUUCAGAAGAAGAAUGGAAAGAGAUUUUUCUAGCCUUGAAAGAUGCGGCUGCAUCAACUGUGCCUGCGUUCAUGAAGGUCUUAAGAACCAUGAAUAAUAUAGAUAUUCUCUACAUUUAUCAGUCUUCUGCUGAUGUGGAAAGGUCUUCGGAUCAUGAAUUGACAAGUGAUGAUUUUGAUGAUGAUAAUCUUCAAACUGCUGCAUAUGUUGUGUCAAGAAUGAAGAAUCAUAUUGCUACGCAGCUACUUAUUGCCCAGGUUGCAACUGAUCUCUACAAAAUGCACCAGCAGUCUUUAUCAGCAAUCAAUAUCAAAAUCCUCCUUGAAUUAUAUUCGUCCAUCGCAUCUCAUGCGCAUCAGCUGAACACUGAUUCAGUCCUCCUGAAGAAGUUGCAGAAGGCGUGCUCUGUCCUGGAGCUAUCUGGUCCGCCCAUGGUUCAUUUUGAAAACGAGUCCUACUUGAAUCAUCUGAACUUUCUUCAAACUAUACUUGUCUGUGAUCCUUCUCUGCAUGAUGAGAUGGACUUAGAGCCAGAGUUUGUAGCCGUAUGUGAAAAUAUAUUGUCUAUUUACCUAAAUUGCACUGGUUUUGUAUCCACCUACAACAAACCAGAUGCCCGGCUGGUGCUACAUCGGAAACAUCCUUCGAGCUCAGGAAAGAAGGAGGAAAUAGCUGCUAGGACUUCUCUAGUCGUUUCAGCGUUGCAAGGGUUGAGUGCUUUGAAUAAGGAUUCAUUCAGGAAGUACAUUCCACACUUCUUUCAUUUGUUGGUAGAUCUAGUGCGGAGUGAACACGCAUCUGGAGAAGUUCAACUUGCCCUAAGCAAUAUGUUCCGUUCAUCCAUAGGUCCAAUGAUAAUGGAAUGAGUUUUGGUUGGUAUAUCCUGCAUGAAAUGUCACGAGAUAGCUGUCAGGAUUAUCCUUCCAUGCUGAAGCUAGAGUCGUUCCUUGGCCUUAUAUAUUUUUUUAUUUUUCAUUUACACGAAACAGGGGUGCUGUAGGGUGUAUGCUGUUGGUUGAUCGUGAUUGUGACGUUACGUAAAUGAGAAACUUCAAUUAAAGCAGCGUCGAAAUAUCAUGGAUACAUGAGGUUUAUAGAUGGAUGAUCGUGUGAGCAUCAGUCUCUUAUUUUUCUGGCCAGGCGGGGAUCCAAAACCCCUUGCGACAACCACCAUGAAGUUGCUACAUGGUCCUAUUUUUGGGACGAAGUGACGAAUAGACACUCUUGAGAUCCACGUAGCAUAACAUGAUAACGAAAGUAUCUUAUAGAUGUUAAAAAGCUGCAGGAAGCUAAACAUUUUGACUUGUCUCUUUACGUAUUGUAAGGCUUUCGUGCCAUUUUUUAACUUCGACAAAAUUUCCCCCGAACGAGAACAAGAGGACAGAGUACAGCAACGAGGACCUCUUCGGUUCCAACGAUCUCUGUAAUCUGUCAAAAGGUUCGUGUUGUAUUCCCAAAAAAAAAAAAAAUCUUGUUUGCCUUGUGAUUACAAGAUCUGUAAUCCCUGGGAAUAGAAUGGGAGUAUAAAGAAAAACUGAUAUAUCAGUCAUUAAAUCAAUACUUUUCGCCCACGAGGAUGGCAAAGUGGCUAGUUGUAAAACAAGCCAAUGAGACGGUGAACUUAUCAAUUGAUUUUCUAUUUUAUUUGAAAGAUUGCCAAUGCUCUGAUGGACAUUUAUGGCGUUUAAUGA